AUGCCCGCGUGGGUUUUGCUGCUGCCGCCGGCGUCGUUGCCAUCGCCGAGCGACUGCACUGCUGCGCCCGAGUGCGGCGAGCACAGUGCCGCUGGCUCCCCGUUCUGCAGCUCGGCGAUCCCACUGCGAGCGCGCUCGACCCCGGAUGUGUUGCCACGGCAACUUGCCAAUCAAGGCGCCCGGGAUAUCUUUGGGAUUGUGAAACCUAGGGGCAACACGCAGGUCGGCUUUGGUCUCGGCGCCGACGGCACCAGCGCAUUUUUUGCCUGGAAGACGCACCGCCAACCAUCCCACCACUGCCCGCUUCAAGCGUCACUUCACUUGAGGCCUGCGGAGACCGCCCACGAGCCGGAACAGCGUGGCACCGCCGCCCGAGUGCCGCCGCCGCCGCAGCGCUGGGCUCUUGCCUAUCAAGCAAGUGCAGUCCGCCGUGCAGCAGGGUCCGGCAUCAUAGGGAAAAGCGGCCGCUCUAUCAAGCGGAAGGCGAGCGGCGCGGAGAAGAACAAGAAGGAGCUCUCGCGCGGCCCGAGCAGCAGCCGACAGCAGCAGCGCGAGCGCGUACGUACCCGCCGCUGCGAGCGCGAGACCCGAGGCCCACCCGCGUCCCCGGCGCGCCUUGGUGACCUGUAG